UAUGUCGCUCAACUUGGAUUCUCUUUUCUGGGUUUUACAUCCACUCCGCAAUAAAUCAAGUAGCCAUAGUCUUCAUUUCUCUCUUCUCCUGUCUGUUAUUUUUAUCUCCAUAUUGUCCUUCCCGCCAGCUGAGUCCUCAUGGCUGAGGCACUCGGAAGCAGCAGUACUAGUAGAGGUUUGGGCAGUGGAGGGUCUGGAGGAGUGCGCAUCCCCCAGGAGCCAUCUCUUAAAGCUGGGGUGGUCUUGUCAGAUGAAAGGGUGGACUUCCUUCGGGAGCAGGCCUUCUGUGUGCUGCGAGUGAAGACGGAUAAGUGGAAUCGCUUCAUUGGCGCAGAGGAGAACCAGAAUAUCAUACUAGAUUUCCUGGACCACAUCUGGACCAACAGGCUGCUGCUCUUCACCGGACCUGGAGGGACACUGCACGCAGGGGAUGCUCAGACAUCCCCACCAUGGAAGACCAAGCUGUUGUGUGUGCUAAAGAGGGGUGUAAAGAGAAUCACUCGCCAAGGAUUCAGACACCAACUCCGGCUGGGGGAAGUGCCCGGAUACCCCAUGGAGCACCUACCUAUUGUUAUCUCAGAGUUAGGUGUUCAAACCAUAUACUAA